GAGGAUUUACAUGUUCGGCGCUCAUAUGACUUGAUCGGAACUCAUUAAAUUUUUUGCGAGUGCUUUCUUUGUGUGCAACUUCUAGAUACAGGUAUUUAUAGCAAUUUUUCGUCACAAAGUCACCUAUUAGAUUCAAAAUAUUUGUAUAUUUUGAAGAUAAGAGUAUAAGAACAAAACAUAUAGAUUCAAUUGUAGCGACGCCCUCUCAUAAGCGUACAAUAACUACAUACAUACAUAUGUACGAGCAUACAUGUCUUAAAAUGUAAAUACGUAUGAACACACAUGUACAUAUACAAGUAUCAUAUGUAUGUGCUCUUAGCGAGUGAAAAGAGGAAAUGUACAUGUAUGUUUUGCCGAUAACCUAUGUCUGUUUCCGAAUUCAAUUUUAGUGGGUAUUACUUUUGCGAUAAUUGUACUUUCCAAGCGGCAGUCACGAAAAAUGCUCAGCAUCAAACCGCACUCAGCAUUCGUUACGACAAUGUGUCCAGACAAACAGCGGAUUUGGCAGGUUUUGCGGUGUUUAGUGUGCUUAGUUUAUUUCAUUACAGAAUUUGCUGGCGCGGCACGAAUAAUCAACACUGAUUACGAUUUCAACACAGAAAAUGCGCGCGAAAUUUUACGACUUUCAAAGGCUGCAGAAAUGGUUAAUUAUAUGCAACCUCGGAUGGAUCCUUGCGAUGACUUUUAUCGCUAUGCCUGUGGUAAUUGGCAGGAUAUAAACCCAGCGCGCUUUUCGGAUGGGAAAACUGGCUUAUUUAAUGAGUUAAAGAACGCCUAUAACAGGCGCGUAGUGCGUUGGAUGCGUAAACCGAAGCGGACUAGCGAAUCGGAUAUGGAUCGCAAAGUAAAGUAUUUCUUUGAGUCUUGCAUGAAUAAAGCAGAUUUACGAAAAAAUUACCGACAGAAGUUGGUUUCUGUAUUAGAAGAAUUCGGGGGUAUGCCGGCGUUGAAGGGACCUCUUUGGGAGGCUGAUAAAUUCGAUUGGUUGGAAGUGGUUGCAGUUAUUCUCCGAAAGUAUGGUAAACAGAUCAUUUUAGGCGCAGAUGUAUUCGCCGAUUUGACCAACAAUGAAGUGAAUCGUUUAUAUUUGGGUCAAUUAGAUAAGUUGGUGACACCACGAGCUGCUGAAUAUUACGUAGUGUUAGCUGUCGCCAGGCAAAUGGAAAUGCACACAGUAUUGGGAAUGAGCAUGCAGGUGGCCUCCAAAACAGCGAUGGAAAUUGUUGAUUUUGAAAGGAGACUUGCGGAAGGUAAGAUCGAUGCAGAUAGGGGUUUUGGCAUGGAAGAUAAAACUCAACUGACUCUACUUGAAGUGAUGACCGAUAACUAUAAACCAACGAUAAAUUUUACACAUUACGUUAAUGUAUGGCUGGGUUAUCCAUAUGUGCUGCCUGUUUAUGUAUAUGUGGAAUCAUACAUAAACAACUUGCGCAGAGUUAUUGAGGAAACACCGAAAGAAAUUGUUGCUAAUUAUAUUAUGUGGGAGCUUUUACAGGAUUUUCGUAUGGAAGUAAAUGAUUCCGACGACAAGCAUCGAAACAAAUGCGUGGACCGAACCAAACGUUUCUUUGUGAAAUACUUGGACCACGUAAUAUACCAACAAUUAUUCACCCAAAACCAAAAAAUUUUUGCAGAACUACGAAUGCUAUGGUUUGAAUUAAAAAAUGCUUUUGGUGAAUUAUUGAAAUCGGAAGUAAACAAUUGGAUGUCGGUAGUCACACGUGACAAAGCAUUGGAGAAAUUAUCGGCCAUGUCCAUGGAGAUUAAUUCAUAUGAGCAAGAAAAUUUCGAGCAACAAUACGAUGUUUUGGUAAUCAGCACUGAUAGCUACUUCGAUAAUGUCGUCAAUAUUUUAGAGUUACAGGGGCGCAGUUAUCGCUUGCGUCUUUUAGAAUCUCCAAAACUUGAUGUGGGAGAAAUUCUUAGCUUCACGCCUGCUUACGCAGCUGAGUACAACAGAGUUCUUAUUCCAGUCUCCUUUCUGCAGCCGCAUUUUCUUUGGGACCAUGCUUACCCAUCAACAGUCAAAUACUCCACUAUGGGCUUUGUUAUUGCACAUGAAAUGGCUCACGGUUUCGAUGAUAUAGCACGUAAAUACGACGCCCGAGGCAACCUCAACAACUGGUGGGAUCGUACUUCUACCGAAGAGUUUUCCAAACGAAAGGAAUGCCUUAGGCAGCAGUACAGCGGAUACCGGUAUAAUAGUCGCAAAUUGCCAAUAAUAAAUGCCCAGGAUGAAAAUAUCGCUGACAAUGUGGGCCUACGUAUUGCUUACAACGCGUUUCAGCACUGGAUUAGGCAGCAUAGUGAUAAUUCGACGACAAUGCAGCAUGAGAGAUUGCCAAACAUAAAUUUGUCGCCGCAACAAUUAUUCUUCUUGAGCUUAGGCCAAGUUUGGUGUACCGAUGUGAAUCGCAAUUGGCGUGAAAUUAUAAUUGCGACUGAUGUGCAUCCGCCCGAGGAGGUUCGCGUUAUUGGAAUGCUCUCGAAUUUCGAUGAAUUCGGAAAGGAAUUUGACUGUAAACCAAAUGCGCGAAUGAUCCCGAAGCGAAAAUGUGUUGUGUAUUGAAAAUUUAUUGCGGUGUAGGGCAUUUAUAUUCUUGGAUUAAAUGUAUAAUAGCUACAAGUAUAUACGAGUACAUGUGUACUAUAAUAACUAUUUUAUGUACGAGUUAUCUUUGGCUAUUAUUAUUCUAAUGACCAUGCUUUUACGGAAGUGUUCAAAGCUAACAUCGAAACUACAAAGUACAAUGUCAAGUACGGCUCUUGUUGAUUCUAAAAUGUACACUUUCGUUAUCGCUUAAGAAUGAGUAAAACUUGUGAAUAUGUGUGCCGAAUUGAAGAGAUAUUUAUAUAUUAUAUUAUAAAAGAGAACAUACACUGCAAGUCAUCAGAUUAGUACACUUCAGGUUCAAAUAGUUUUGAUUAAUUUCUAUCAAAAUUAAAGAAGUUAGAGUUCUAAAAUGAUUUACGCUUAUUAACAAAUAAUUUUUUUACUAAAUAAAAAAACAAUUAGUUUUCACCUUCACUUCAUAAUUUUUUAUAGUUUUAUAGGGCUAAGUGACACCUCACAUUUUAUACUCUUGCAACUCGUAAUAAUGAAAGCCGUGAAAUUGCUUCAAGAGCUGGCUAAAUUGUAUAUUAAACUAUUGCAUUUGGGGGUAGUAUCGAUACCAUUUUAUAUACCAUUAAGGUGCCACAUACUAAUAAAAUGCUCUCUGGUUUUGAUGAAGGUACUUAACAUACUAUCAUUACUAAUAUACAUAUGUGACUUUACGUCAGCGGGAUUCUCGAUAACCGUGAUAUUGAUUAUAAGGAGGCUAAGUCAAGUUUUCCCCUAUUAUAUCUAUUUAGGUACAAAGGUACUCUGUUAUGAGCUAAACACUCUCUCUCAUUUUCAUUGCAUUAACUCACAUAUUGGCCGAUAUAUGACUUUUUGCGUCACUCGAAAGUUCGAAAGCCUUUAUAUUAGGAAUAUGAGGGUUAACCAACAGACAUACUAUUAUCUCCUGAUAUUUUUUUCUGAAUUUCAAUUAUAUAUCUCGCACAAUGAACGAUAUUUUCUGUCAAAAGGCAACUAGGGUUCGCAUAUUCGGUACCUAGGGGUUUGACAACAGCUAUGGCCGGAUUUUGACUAAUUUUAGACCUGAAAUGGUUUAUCUUAAAGACACUAUUGGCGCAAAGCUCUAUCCUAAUAUAUUUUCAUUCGAUUUCAUAAAUUUUCAGUGUCGGUGCUAAAAAACUUAUAAAGUGUCAUAACUAAGCACCAGAAGAUAUAAAAUUAUGAUUUGGCAUAGGAAAUCACAGUGGCAAGGGGCACCUGUGGGCAAACAAAUUGUUUAACAAGUGGAGGUAACCGCGCCCUCUAAUAAAUUUAAUGUACAUAUCUUCUAAACUACUAAAGCUACAACAACCAAAUUUGCUAGGUACAAAUCUUAUGAGAACUCCUACCGACAGUGUGAAAAUUGAUGUAAUCGGAAGAUAACUCCACUCACAUUCCAUAUAAUGGUACUGUUUAAAAUUACGAAUAGCGAUAUAAUUCAAAAACGGAUGUAUGGGGUUCAUAGUUGACUUUCAACCAAAAAGUCAAAUGAAAUCAGACAAAGUCCUUUCCUGACAAUCGUACUUCUGUGUAUCAAAAAUGGGUUGAAGCUGGUCAAUACUCCCUGAGCCCCCAUAUACCUAAUAUAAAGAUUUUCGAACUUCUGGCCAGCUUAUGCUGGAUACAUCGGCCAAUAUUUGAGUUAUCUCAAUAAAAUUUACAGAAAAUACAUAAAAUUGGGAGAAAACUUGACCCAUCCCACAUAUAACUAAUAUCAGGAUUUUCGAACAUCUGCUUGAUUUUACCUUAUGUGAUUCGUGACCUUAUUGAAACCCAGGGAACAGUUUUUUUAGGUUGUGGAAUGACAAUAGGUAAUAGCUAAAAUAGGGUUGAUACUACCCCAACUACCAUAUACUACCUGUCGUCACCUAAAAAGCAAAAAACCGUAUAAAAAGAAAACCACUUGAGAUAUUGAAACAAAAUUUUCAAAUCUGAAUUAACAUGAAAUUAUAUGUAUAUUUUAGAAAAAUAAAAGAAAAAAGAGUUAAGCAAAUUUUAUAGUAGGUGUCUUACGUUAUUUUGAAUUUUCAUUUCUGAAACAAAAUAACGUAUGAUCAAUCUAAAUUUGUAUUAAAAUUAAAAAUUUUAAUAUUAAUACUUUUUUUAAUUUUAAAUAAAAACAGUUGCAAGUUUUUCAUAUUUCAUAUUUCAUGUUAUUUUUAUUUAUUAAUAUGUACAUAAGUACUAGAAAAAAUUGAAGAAUCACCACAUCAUAUUACAUAUGUAUGUGUCACAAAUUUUAAGCUUCUGGGAUCAAAAAUACCCAAGCUAUAUUAAAAAUUCAAAGAAACGUAUCAUUAAGUGCUUGAUUUCGUUAAACAAAAUAACGUAUCAUCACUCAUGUAUGUAAAUACAACAGAGUGCUUGUUUUUUUAU